AUGAAGAUCCAUCCGAAACAGAAAGCAGCAGCAGCAGCAUCAAUCCAACAACAAUUGGCAUUAUUAAAUGAUGAUGCUGGUGUUUUUCUCAAUGGACCCGAAGGACUAUUAAGUAAAUAUAAGAAUUUAAAUAGACCUAUUUCUGUUGCUGCUCUACAAAGGAAACAAACAUACAAUCAACAAAAACAACCAAUCAGUGAUGAGGAAUUGAAUAGACUAUUUGUUUCCAUACAGAAUAUACAACCACCAAUCGAUGAAAGAAAUGAUGAUUAUUUGAAUUUGAAUGAUGAAAAUAGAGCAUCCGAACAAUUAUUGGAUUUUGCCAACAUUAUUGGCAACAGGCAACCCGCUGCUGCUGCUGAUGCUAUUAUAAAUGAUAAUAUAAACUAUGGAAAUUCCGAUUUCAAUCGAAAAUGGAAAUUACAGAAACAUUUAACAUCAUCAUCAUCAUCAUCACCAUCACCAUCAUCAAAUCAUGGGCAACAGCAGCAGCAACACCAACAAGCUCCGGUUUAUCGUGAAGAAAAUAUGGCAAUACCAUAUGAUGAAAUUGAACAAACUAAAAAAAGAAAGGAAACAAAAAAUGUCAGUGUUAACAAUAAUGGUGAUGAUAAUCAAUCAUUAAUGGAGAAAAAAAGGUUACAAGUACCAUCGAAUGUUAUGAAUAAUGAACAUUCGAUACAAGCACCGAAAUCAUAUCAACAAUCAAUUAUUAAUACGAAAAGUUCAAUUCAAUCAAAAUUCAGUAGUUUAUCGGACAUUUAUUUCAUAGCAAUCGUUGCCUGUGUCAGCACGAUUGCCAUAUUUUCAGUGAUCGGUGCCGGUUAUUGUUUCUAUAAAGUACAACAAAGUAACAAAGCUGCUGCAGAUGUGGAUUUCCCUGCAUAUGGUGUAAUAGGACCUGUUAGUCGAAAUGAUGGUAAUGAUGGAAAUAAAUGUACAUCACCGAAUAAUGAUCGUAAAUUAGUGCAAAGUGCACAAAUCUAUCAUUAUCAUCAUCAAAAACAACAGAUGAUUUCAACCGAAAAAAAUUCCAAUGCACCAAAAAAAUAGUACUCUUGGUUCAGAUAUUGAAUCAGAUGAAGAAAAUGAAGAUGGUGAAUACACCGUAUAUGAAUGUCCGGGUCUUGCACCAACGGGUGAAAUGGAAAU